GCUCGAAAUGUGGCGCGCUUUUCAAAACUCUCUACUGAUGUUGACUUGUGUGGUAUUUGUCGAAUUCAUGGCACUAUGCGACGCAGCGCCGCGCGCGGUGCAGGAGGAGGGGGUGGUGAGACGAAAAGGAAGACGAGCAAGAGGAUAGAGAGAGAGAGAGACAGGCAGAGGAUGAGGCGUGCCUGCGGGCAACGCGGGCGCACGGCGGCGGGACCGGAAGCCCCCUGUGGCCCGCCGUGUCCCGGCGGCUCGCAGCAGGAGGCACACAGCGCGAGGGGGAGAGCGGGGGGGGAGGCACGUGGCGAGGGCGAGGCAGAAAGCGAGGCCGAGGCAUAUGGCGAAGGCGAGGCACGCAGCGAGGGGGAGCGAGAGGGGGAGGGGGGGGGGGGGGGGCAAACCCUCUCUCUGGAAGGCGGGGGGGCCCUCGCCGAGGCGGGCCGAGAAGAGCCCCGCCCCCCCCCAAAGGCUCCUGGGAGGAGCUCCCCGCGGGCAGGAGGGGCCCCCCCGAGGCUCCAGACGGCCCCCCGGAGGCCCCCAGAGGACCCCAGCAGCGCGCCGAGGACGGCAGAGGCUCGGAGGCGACGGCAGGGCGAAUGACCCCAGGGAGGACAACACAUGGCAGCACACGCAUCCAGAAGCCGAUGCUCCUCGGCGAGGCCCCUCGGCGAAUGCGUGUAGUGCUCGCCCCCGGGCCGUUCGCCCCGUGCCGUCGCCACCGAGAGGCGUCCCACGACCCAGCCUCG